UUAGGCAGCAGUUAGGUUGGAAGGAAAAAUUUGGAAGGGGGGAGAAAAAUGUUACACUUUUGAAUGCAGUCCAAACUCGUUCACAGCAACUCUCACAUGCAAAUAGGUUUCAUCAGAACCUUGCUCACAAGCUUGUUUGUGGAAGGUCAGGGUUGUGCAGCACUGGCUUGCCAAAAUAAGACUACAAGCCAAAGACCGCUCAUUUGAGAAAAAUCACUCGCUGUGUUUGGGUGGCAACUCUGCUCACAACAAUGACGGGAUUUUCUAAAGAAAGCUUUCAUACAUGAAGGUGGGCCUCCUUUGUGAACGUGUGCAGCAGUGUUUGUGAUAUUCCUCAUGCACCUUUUCUUCGGCAGCCUAAUCAUCAAACCAUGCAUUCAGUCAACCACAGAAAUAAACGCUAAUCAGGAAUACGUGCACAUGCACCUGUGAGAAGUCGUAAGCUCAAUGCAGGCUGUGGAACCAGCAACUCGUCAUCCAGGCCUCUCUGAACAAAGGCACACAACAUGAGCAAACAUCUGAGGUUUAUCGCACGCACCGUGUUUGUGAAGAACAGUGAUGUUGAUGGUGCAUACAGAACCCUCAACAAUGCUCUGAACAAAGAAGGAGUCAUUGAGGACGUCCGGCGGCGCCGCUACUACGAGAAGCCCUUUCAGAAGCGGAAGCGGGUGCAGUACGAGAAUAUGCGUCGCAUCUACAACCAGGAGAUGACUCGCCGGAUAGCCUUCCUCAUGCGCAAGAACCGGCCUCCCGGCUGGCCCGUGUAAUGCCAGGAGAGCUGAAUCCUACGUGGAUCCGUAACUCCGAUGAUAGUUUGUGUUGAGUUGGAGAAGCUGCAGUGACAGUAGAAUGUACCGGUCUGCUUGACGUAGGGAACAUGUGCAACAUGAAACAGUUAAUAACAAAAAACAUCAGCACGGCUUGCAGCAGCAUCAGAAUUUCGGGAGAUGUUCAUCACUAAACUACGUGCAACUGUAGCCUUCGGAAGUUGAGGAUUGUGUGCGCAGUGUGAUGAAACGAAAACAAAAUUAUGCAUUUCUUGGAAAGAUAUGCCAAAUGUAUGAGUCCUCAGUUCUCACUUUUCUGCCUGCCGUUCAUUUCCGUAAUUUGUCAAAGAAGCCAGGACGCUGAACUAGUACAAGCAUCAUUAAUCAUUAGCUCAAUAUGUAACCUCUCGACCUCUCUGAAGUUUGCUUGGUGCACAAAUAAGUUCUGUCAUAAUGCAGAAUAGCAGAUUAUCAGUCAAGACUCCAGAUUUGAUGAAUUGGGAGUAUAUGAAGUAGUAACGGAGUACUUCCCCUCUUGGAGAAGGAUGGGUAGUUGCCAACUAAUUGCUGUUGGGUCAUGAUGCAUUCAACACAUUACCCUUGGAAGACAAAAUAAAGGCAAAUGGAGUGGAUGUUCCUAAAAGCUAUUAUCAUGUCACAAUACUGGAGGAGUUGGAUUAAUCCCUCACAGCAAGGUUUAAUUAAAGUCUGGGGUACUGCUGUACUCGAUAAAAUGA